GACGUGCCUGGGGGACCCAGGCGCUCGGGGCGCUAGAGAGGCGAGCCCCGGCAGCCCUCGGCCGCUUCUCCCCGUCUCAAAGGGCAAAUGGGGAUGAGGGUGUGGAGUCCCCCUGGGUGUUGUCCACAAUGCUCGAGGGGUUCUGACUCCACUUCCGGUGCCAGCCCCCGUCCUUCAGGGGCCUUCGUGUCACCACGGUGGCCAACCUUUUUGGCAGGAGUGGGUGGAAUCCGCCCUGACCUGCCAAUGCCUGUUGGGCUUGCUGACGGCUGCCUCGUUGCUGAUUCCCCUGGUUCUGCUCCAUCUCCAACCUCUUCAACGGCAGUUCAACUCACACUGGCUGCACCCGAAGCGUCACCGCCAGCUGCGGGUGACCGCACAGUGCCUCAGGGCAUUGUUGAGGUGGCGCUGUCGCUCCUUUCUCUUAGGUGGGGUGGAGAUGCUGAGGUUGGGCAGCCGGGAGCUGGUCAGCACGGAUGCCUCCCAGAACGGUUGGGGGGGUGUGACCAAGGGCAGGUCAGCCAGCGGCUGUUGGCUACCCCCUUGGAGCGGCAGGCACAUCAAUACACUAGAGCUCCAAGCUGUACUACUGGCCUUGCGGCCUUUUCUUCCACAUCUGAAGGGAAGACAUGUCCUGGUAAGAACAGACAACACCACAGUGGUGGCUUACAUCAACCAUCGGGGUGGACUGAGGUCCCACCGCCUCAAUCUUAUGGCAUGGGAGCUCCUUCUCUAGGCUCAGGGACAUCUAGCGUCUCUACGCGCAGUGCACAUACCUGGCAUCCUGAAUGUGCAGCGGAUAUGCUCUCAAGGGAGGGCCCGCCACCUUGGGACUGGAGCCUACAUCCCCAGUUCGGGAGGGCGCAGGUGGACCUGUUUGUCUCCCUGGACAAUGCACACUGUCCCUGUGGUACUCCAUGUCAGAGCAAACAGGGCCUCUGGGCUUAGAUGCUCUGGCUCACGAUUGGCCAGGGCUGGAGCUUUACGUAUUCCCCCCUUUUCCCCUGAUCCAGGCUGUGCUGGACAGGACCAGGAUGGUGGAUCAUCGUCUGCUGCUGGUGGCCCCAUACUGGCCCAGACGACCCUGGUUCAGCCUUCUCCUGUCCCUGUUGUCUGGGACACCUAGGCAACUGCCCCUGAGACCCGACCUGCUGUCUCAGGCCGGGAGAACUCUGUGGCAUCCGAGACCGCACCGCCUCAGUCUGUGGGCUUGGCCGCUGAACGGCAUCAAUGGUCCAUGUUAGGACUACUGGAGGGCGUAAUGUACACCAUGCAGAGCGCAAGGGCACCGGCUACUACCGCGGCAUACCAGUUGCGUUGGCGGUUGUUCUGCUCUUGGUGCACUGGUAUUGAGGUUGUGCCCGAGUCAUGCGGGGUGCAGUAUGUCCACCAAUACCUGCAGUCUCACUUGGAUGAGGGCUUGGCAGCCUCUACACUGAGAGGGUAUUUGACCGCUAUAUCUGCCUGCCAUGUGGGGUGGAUGGACAGCCCAGUGGGGUGCCAUCCCUUGGUCUCCAGGUUUAUGAAGGGUUUUCAUUGCCUGUGUCCAGCUAGCACCCGCUCAAUGGCAAGCUGGGAUCUGGAUGUGGUCUUGGCAGCUUUGGCAAAGCCGCCUUUCGAACAGUUGGAGUCUGCCUCCCUGAAACACCUCUCUAUGAAGGUGGCUUUCUUGGUAGCGAUUACUUCCAUGAAGAGGGUGGGUGAGCUCCAUGCUCUUUCGGUAAGUUCUGAGUGCUACUGGAUGGACCCCGGGGGGAGGAGUAUAUCUCUCCUCUCCAACCCUUCAUUCCUCCCGAAGGUUCUGUCAGACAGGCAUGUGAACAUCCCUUUUAUCCUGUCUGCUUACGACCCCCCGGGAGUGGCAGGGGACUCUGGGCCUCCCUCCGGCAUGCUGUGCCCUGUGCGGACACUGGCUGCCUAUGUGGAGUGGACAUGGUCAGUGAGAACAACAGACCAGCUUUUAGUCCGCUAUGAUGAGAAAGUCCUGGGGGCUGGGUUAUCAAAGCAGAGGCUCUCUCACUGGAUUGUGGUCACAAUUACGACAGCAUACCGCCUGGCUGGCAAGCCAGUGCUGCGAUCUGUGGUGGCACAUUCAACACGAGGUGUGGCUGCAUCCUGGGCUCUACUGAGAGGAGUGCCCCUCGCUGAUAUCUGUGCUGCGGCCAGCUGGGCUUCCUCUUGUACCUUUGCUAGGUACUAUCGGGUAAAUGUGGCACCUCCCUCUGAGGUUGGUUCAGCGGUCCUGGGCAUCGCCUCCCCUUCCGGGGACUGUGCCAGGACCCCUCUUCCACAUUGAUGGCCCCUGCGUCUCGGUCCCGCGCUGGGAAUUAGCCGCUGGCUGGCCAGGUCCCUCUAGCACCGAAUAAAUCUGGUACGGGUAUACCAAUAUAUUGGAGUGAUCCAAUAUAGUGAAACAUAACGAAGGUUACAUAUGUAACCAAGGUUAUGUGAGCUAUAUGGAUCACUCCAAUCCUCUACGGUGCUCGAGGCGCCUCAGAAAUGAUGUAGAGAAUGUGUGUCGCAGCCAUGGGGUCUAUAUAUAGGGGCGUACCCCAGCCGUGACACAGGUGUACGAGUGAAUCUAUAAAUCCUCACCUCGGAUGUAUCCCUCUGCUGCGGAGUGAUGCCAAUAUAUUGGAGUGGUGCAUAUAGCUCACAUAACCGUGGUUACAUACGUAACCUUCGUUUUCGACACACCCACUACUUUCCUGUCGACACACCCACUUGCCCAUACUUCGGUCGCCAUAUUGGGAUGCAGCUACCCCCUUCUCUGAGAGUCUCAUCUUUCGAUAGGUGCGCAUUCUUUUCUGCGCAAAACGGUUCAAUGGUGCCACGCAAACUGUGCUGAUCCUUCAAGUGGCACCAGUUUAACACAACAGGAAUCGGAUAAAGGACACCAUGGGCAUCAAAUUUUUGGAAGUCAUAAAGCCGUUUUGUGCGGUCUUACCCGAGAUUCAGAAACCAGAGAGAAAGAUUCAGUUCAGAGAAAAAGUACUAUGGACUGCCAUCACUCUCUUCAUCUUCCUGGUGUGCUGCCAGAUUCCCCUCUUUGGCAUCAUGUCCUCGGACUCUGCAGAUCCCUUCUACUGGAUGAGAGUAAUCCUGGCCUCCAACAGAGGUACUCUGAUGGAGCUGGGUAUCUCGCCCAUUGUUACCUCUGGUCUCAUCAUGCAGCUGCUGGCUGGAGCCAAGAUCAUUGAGGUUGGAGACACCCCCAAGGACAGAGCACUCUUCAAUGGAGCACAGAAAUUGUUUGGCAUGAUCAUCACCAUUGGGCAGGCCAUUGUUUACGUGAUGACUGGCAUGUACGGAGACCCCUCAGAGAUGGGUGCUGGGAUCUGCCUGCUCAUCAUCAUUCAGCUGUUUGUGGCAGGUCUGAUUGUGCUGCUGCUGGAUGAGCUGCUGCAGAAGGGCUAUGGUCUAGGCUCUGGUAUCUCCCUGUUCAUUGCCACCAACAUCUGUGAGACCAUCGUCUGGAAGGCCUUCAGUCCCACUACUGUCAACACUGGGAGAGGAACGGAGUUUGAAGGUGCUGUCAUUGCCCUGUUCCACCUGUUGGCAACCCGCACAGACAAGGUGCGCGCCCUGAGAGAGGCCUUCUACCGUCAGAACCUGCCUAACCUCUUGAACCUCAUCGCCACAGUCUUCGUCUUUGCUGUAGUGAUAUACUUCCAGGGCUUCAGGGUGGACCUGCCCAUCAAGUCUGCCCGUUACCGUGGCCAGUACAACACCUAUCCCAUCAAGCUCUUCUACACCUCCAACAUUCCCAUCAUCCUCCAGUCUGCCCUUGUGUCCAACCUGUACGUCAUCUCUCAGAUGCUCUCCACGCGAUUCAGUGGCAACUUUCUGGUUAACCUGCUAGGCACCUGGUCUGAUACUUCCACUGGAGGACCAGCUCGUGCCUACCCAGUUGGAGGUCUCUGCUACUACCUCUCUCCCCCGGAGUCCUUUGGUUCUGUUUUGGAUGACCCCAUCCAUGCUGCAAUCUACAUAGUCUUCAUGCUGGGCUCCUGUGCCUUCUUCUCGAAGACAUGGAUCGAGGUUUCAGGAUCCUCGGCCAAAGAUGUGGCUAAGCAGCUGAAGGAACAGCAGAUGGUGAUGAGGGGACACCGAGAGACCUCCAUGGUGCACGAGCUCAACCGGUACAUCCCCACGGCUGCAGCUUUCGGUGGCCUAUGCAUAGGUGGGCUGUCCGUCAUGGCGGACUUUCUGGGCGCCAUCGGUUCGGGUACUGGAAUUCUAUUGGCAGUGACCAUCAUCUACCAGUACUUUGAGAUCUUCGUCAAGGAGCAGAGUGAAAUGGGCAGCAUGGGAGCGCUGCUAUUCUAGAAACACCCUCCAACAGGCACCACAGACACACAGCCUCCACCCUUUAUAAAUUACUUACUUUUUAUUUUGCAUUGUAUCUAAUGCGCACAAAUCAGUACAUUCUGCCUCUGCGACCUCUUUCUCAGCUUCUUUGUGUUCCCAGAAGCUCUUGAGGGCUCAUGCAGACUGGAUCUCACUGGGAAAGAUAGAUGGUACUUGACCCAGUGUUCAGGAUGGAAUUGCGUCUGUUCUGUCCCGUUGUUUUGUUUUUCAAUACCAUUUACCCUCUCUUCUAUAGAAGCUUGCUCAAGGAAAUUGAAGACUGACACCAUUUUAAAGGAGUCUGUUCUUAAACCAACAAGCUGGACAUUUUUGGACAUUUUUGGAGAGUGGAAAGAAAGUCAUGUCAUGUUCAUUUCAGGUCAUUGUAAGCUGUGCAUGGGGUUUGAAGAGCCACAUUGGGGUAAAGAAAGUAUAAAUAUACUUGUACAUUCUUUAAAUGGCUCUGGGAAUCUCCAAUGAGCUUUGUUGAUUUUCAUUUACUUUAAAAAAAUGUUUAAUCAUGGAAUAUAUUUGUAUUCAUGCUGGUCUUAUCAAUAGCAUAUGUUAGUACUUUGUGUCUGGGUCCUAAAGGAAAGUGUUUGUGUUGUGGUCUUUUAUUCCCAGACAAUCGCGGUAGAAACUGCUGAUGUCAUUGGAUGACGAUGGGUUUGGUAGGAAUGGAAUGGGGUUUCAUUUAGUGUUUUUUACUUUCUGUAUUGGACAUAAUUAUGACAUUUGACUAGGAUUUUAUUUUAUAGAUCCUCAUCCCCCACUGAAAACCAUCAGUGACCCCCAAAUAAAACACUACCAUGGACAUAGGGCCUAUGUCUUUGUUCAGGCCAAUAUUUUUCAAUAAAAGCUAGAAAACAACA